AUGUGUUUUUGUCAAUAUUCGGAUGAACAAAGUUAUUUAUCAUUAGUUGAAUUUAGUCGUGGUGGUCUAUCAACAAAUGUGAUACUAUCAUCACCACAUGGUGGUUUCCUUGGCGCUGAGUUUACAUCAAAAAAAGCAGGAAAAACAUCGGCUAAUGCAAUUUCAACAGAACCGCUAGUGCAAUUACCUAUUGGUGGUUGUUAUAACAAUACAUUAGAUCGUUGUGUAUAUACAUUACGAGACUGUUUAAGAUCGGAUAGUGAUGAUGGUGACAAAAUUUCUUUUCAUCCUGAUGCACGAUGCAUUAGGGAUCGUAGUUCAACAUCAUCCAUGUAUUCAUUAACUAAAGCUAUAGCUGAAGCAUUUUCAUCAACGCAUCGUCCAUUUACUAUUUUAAAUAAACUUACUCGUCAAUAUGUUGAUCCAGCAGAAGAUCUACUUACUGGAACAUUUUUACUCGAAAGUUCUACUCGUGUCUAUAUUGAUUAUCACCGAUUUAUAGCUAUGUCUAAAGAAGCUAUACGUCCACCAGCACGUGGUCUUUUUAUUGAAUUUGUUUUUCAUAAAAAUUCACAAACAGUACAACUUGGUUAUGGUUUUGAACCAAAUCAAUCAUCAAUGAUUAGUAAACCAGCUCAAUCAACAAUAACUGAACUAGUUUCACGUUCUGGUCCUAGUGUUAUCAAAGGAAAUAAUUCAUUUGGUUUUUUUUUACAUCACAAUGGAUUUCAAUAUGUUAUCCCACUGGAGCAUCAACGACAAAUUAAAUAUCGUUUAUCAACUCAUUCCACGCUCAUUAUAAUUGAACAUAUAAAUUGA